AUGCGACGCGAAGGGGGCCAUGCUAAAGAGAUUCUGCACUGCCUGAAGAACAAGUACUUCAAAGAGCUGCAGGACCUGGAGGUAGAUGGCCAAAAAGUUGAAAUGCCGCAGUCGCUCAGCUGGUAUCCGGAAGAGUUAGCCUGGCACACUAACUUGAGUAGAAAAAUCUUGCGCAAAUCACCAGAACUGGAAAAGUUUCAUCAGUUUCUGGUUAGCGAGACAGAAUGUGGAAAUAUCAGUCGUCAGGAAGCUGUUAGUAUGAUCCCACCUCUGCUCCUGGAUGUUAACCCUCAUCAUAAGGUUCUAGAUAUGUGUGCUGCACCUGGAUCUAAGACUGCACAACUUAUUGAAAUGUUACAUGCAGACAUGAACGUUCCUUUUCCCAAGGGUUUUGUAAUUGCUAAUGAUGUUGACAACAAGCGUUGCUAUCUGCUGGUUCAUCAAGCUAAGAGGUUAAACAGUCCAUGUAUCAUGGUAGUAAAUCAUGAUGCCUCCAGCAUCCCUAAUCUACAAAUAGACGUUGAUGGAAGAAAAGAGGUCCUCUUCUAUGACAGGAUUUUGUGUGACGUCCCCUGCAGUGGAGAUGGAACCAUGAGGAAAAACAUUGACGUAUGGAAGAAGUGGACUACACAAAAUAGUUUACAGCUCCAUGGAUUGCAGUUAAGAAUUGCAACUCGUGGUGUUGAACAGCUUGCAGAAGGUGGGAGAAUGGUAUAUUCUACUUGUUCACUGAAUCCUAUUGAAAAUGAAGCUGUGAUUGCAUCCCUACUGGAGAAGAGUCAAGGUGCCUUAGAACUUGCUGAUGUCUCUUCUGAGUUGCCAGGUUUGAAGAGGAUGCCAGGAAUUACAAAAUGGAAGGUGAUGCUGAAAGAUGGACAGUGGUUUGAAGAGUGGAAAGAUGUACCUUCUAAUAGACAAACACAAAUACGCCCUACUAUGUUUCCAGUAAAAGAAGAAGAGAAGCUAAAGGCAAUGAAUCUAGAGCGCUGUCUUAGGAUAUUGCCACAUCACCAGAACACAGGAGGUUUCUUUGUGGCUGUAUUAAUAAAAAAAUCUCCAAUGCCAUGGAAUAAACGUCAGCCUAAGGUUAAUCAGAAAUUACCACAGAGAACAGGAGAUACUAUAGUGACAGCAACUAAUUCAGAGGAUGGUUCUGAAGACAUCAUUGAAGAACCAAUACUUGCAGAAAAUGAAGAGUCUAAGAAAAUGCAAAAAUUGCAGAAUUCAGACACUGAGCAAAACAAAAAGGAAGGAGUAUGUGGACCACCACCAUCUAAAAAAAUGAAAUUGUUUGGUUUUAAAGAGGACCCGUUUGUGUUUCUCCCUGAAGAUGAUCCAUUGUUCCCUCCUAUCCAGAAAUUUUAUGCAUUGGACCCUUCAUUUCCCAAGAUGAAUUUACUAACUCGAACUCAAGAAGGGAAGAAGAGACAGCUGUACAUGGUUUCUAGGGAGCUAAGGAAUGUGCUUCUGAACAACAGUGAGAAGAUGAAGGUUAUUAACACAGGAAUAAAAGUCUGGUCUCGCAACAGUGAUGGUGAGCAGUUUGGAUGUGCCUUCAGAUUAGCACAAGAGGGAAUAUAUACCCUAUACCCGUUCAUUCAUGCAAGGAUUAUAAAUGUCUGUAUAGAAGAUGUUAAAAUUCUGCUAACCCAGGAGAAUCCAUUCUUAAGUAAAUUUAGCAGUGAAACACAGAAGAAAGUCAAAGAUAUGGCAAUGGGAAGUAUAGUUCUGAAGUAUGACCCUGACCCUGAGAAACCUGAUACUCUUCAGUGUCCCAUAGUGCUUUGUGGUUGGCAAGGAAAGACAUCGCUCCGUGCCUUUGUGCCCAAGAAUGAGAGACUUCAUUACCUGAGGAUGAUGGGAGUUGAGGUGUUUAAAGCAAAGAGGAAAGAGGAAGAAUCAGAAAGUAAAACGGAGGAAGAAGUUGAGUACAAGCAAGCACAACUGGAGGAAGGAAUGGAUGUGGAAGAUAAAGAACGUGAUUUAGUCGCAAAAACGGAAGGAGAAACAGGUGAAGAAUCUUCCCACACUCCUGUGGAAAACAGUGCUAUGGAAGUCGAAAAUAAAACUGAGGAUUUAGAUCAACUUAGUAAAAAUGCCAACAAUCAUGUAAGCUAGGAAAGCGAAGACUGAUAUAAGUAGUGUGGAUGAUUAAGUUUCUCUCUCUGUCGUCACUUAACAGCUUCCAUGAGGCUCACAUCCAGACUUUUGCCUUUAGCUGGGAAGUUAAUUUUAAAGUUUCAGUUGGAAUAUGAUGUUCUCUUUUUAAAGUUUCACCUCUUUUAUCUUUUAAAUGAAAACUAAAGAGAUUUCUCUUUACAUCUGUCUUGUUUUUAACAUUUUCAGCUCUGUAUUACCAGUGGGUUUGUGUGUCUGUUGCUGGCAAUGGACCGUGCACCAGUAAAAUCUGAAGGCUAUCUUGGAGAUAGAAUAAUGAUACGUGCAAAUAAUCGCCUGUCAUACUGGUCUGAAUCUUGUGCAGAAUCCUUUCACAAUAAAAAACUGGGGUUUAAUUCAAAAUGUACAAGCUCUAGGAAAGCAUUUUUUUUCCGGUUAAGACCACUUAUCCCACCUCACCUCCAACCAGAGAAUGAUGCUUAUAUAGGUUUUUUAAAGGAUAAGGGUGUGAGUAUCCACACAGAUACAUGUAUAGGUUAUAUCUAUAGCAGCCAUUAGUAUAAAAUACUGGUUCAUGUUUACUUAGAAUAAAGCAAUGCCCAAUGUCCUGAAAAAGAAAUGCACGAUGUGUAUGUAUGUGUAUCGUCAGAGACUGAUGUCCAAGAUUAUUCUUCAGCAUGGCAAAUCCCUUGUUAGGGAGAGCUAAUUCCUGAAGAUCUACUUGAGAGCACUUAACGUUGAGCAUGCUUCAAACUCUUGUCCAGAAAUUUGCCUGGUUAAGAGCCUGUGACUCUCCCUCGGUCCUACUCCAGUCAUUUGGGUUUGUUGUCAUUUCUUCAAGUGGGAGUCAUCUCUAAUUUUUGCAAGAUAUGUGUUUAUAGCUGAAAUAAUAGUUUAAAAACAAGGGUGGUGGUGUAUAUAUUGUUGUAGAGAAGAUGCUUAAAGGAUGUUACUUAGGUCUAAGAGGGUGAUUCACUUAAUCAAACUAAAAAAUAGUUAGAUGGCUGUCUCAGAAUUUCAUAAUAUAAAUUCCAUCCUUUGUGGCUUAGCUUCUGCAGUACUCUUUGUCCUUGUAUCAAGUUGACCUAAAAGGAGAGUGACUGGUGGUACAAGAUGAGUAUUAUCCUCCAGCAGGACUAUGCGAUGCAAGUAUUUCACAGACUGUGCUGGCUGUCAAACUGAGUUUUACGAUUCUUAUUUUUACUGGCAAAGUCCUAAUAUGGCUUGGAUCCAUUUACUUUACCUUCCUACAACAGACUUUCUGAUGCUUGCCCUUGGACUACUUCAUCAAGGGGAGUACUCUUGAGGGAGAGGUAUAAAACUGAAAUAAUGACAUGUCCUCUGAUAGGAUAUUAAGUUUCAUGCAUUGAAAAAGCAUUGACAGGAGUCCUUUUCCUCUUGAGAAUCCAUAAAAGUAGGUUAAUAAAAAUUCAGUUCUUGCCCUUGUAUUUUGCUUGUUGGAGUUAAACACUCUAUCAUAUCUUUUCAAAACUAAGUUUUGGUUCAUUCUUUGAAAUGAUGAUUGUGAUUGGACAGGUUCUUUUUUGGCAGCUCCAUAUGCUGAAGAGCAAUGUAGCAGAAUUUUCUUUUGAAUACAGGUUAUACUAAUAACAUUAAAUUCUUUAUGAGGUAUAUAAGAAAAAAUUUCUUCCAUGGCAACUUCAAGUAUUUUCAUAUCUUUGCAUUUAUCCUGGAGUAUCAGAAAGGGAGGAAGAGUGGAAGAUGAUUGUAAUUUUUUAAAGUCCUCUUCAACAUCACGCAGUCUGCAGUAUUCACCACUGAAGAGGGCCAUUAAUUUAUGAACCUUAUUAAAGCAUAAAAAUACCAGAGGUUAAGUAUUAAAAUUCUGUUAAAAGUUCCGAACUUAUUUUGAAUGAUGUGUGCUAUUGUCUCUAUUGGUGCCCUUGAGCAUUAGUUUUGCUUCAGUCAGUGACUCUACUAAGGAUACAAUUCUGUGACAGGUUAUUCUGAUAGGAAUGCUUGUUGAUACAGCUGAUUCAGCUAAUUUAAUCAGCAAUAAGUUAACUAUAAAAAGAGAGACGGUCUUGUUAAGUUUUCUGAUCCAGCUCACCACUGAGCUGUCACUGGCAGACUAAGAUGAGAGUAGGAAACUUUUACCUGGAAACUAGAGAAAAGUGGGGGCUAUCAUCUUACAUCACCUUAAACUGAUUAGAUCAGCUAUGACUUAGACUUCUAAUAAAAUAAGAGUCCCCAUCUGCAUGAUCUUAAAUGCUUUGAGUAAUGCUUUUUUUCCGCAUUAUCUUCUCUUGGCUUUUUGGAUUUUUUUUUUUUCCCUGUCAAGUGCAAAUGACAGAUUUAAGUCAAGAAAUUGUAAAUCUAAUUAUUUUUGGUGCUGGUGAGUGGUUUUACUCCACAUCUCCAGAAAAUGCGAGAGAUUGCAGAUAUUUAAUAAGAGAAAUAAAUAAAUAAUACUAUUUUGCUUAUGCCAGUUGCUCUAUUCCAGUUAUUUUUGUUUUGAUUUCCAGAAACCAAUAUGCCCAAAAUUCUAGAUAGUGGCUGAAAAGCCUGUCCUAGCUUCCCAGGUUGGUUGCCCUUUGAAACAGGGAGCGUUUUGGCUAUUUUUCUCUGCUGAGAAUUGUAGUAUGUGCAACUGUAACAAAUAAUUCUAAUGGUCAGAUGGCUGAACCUCCAGUUGGCUGGAUUUGAGCGUAAUUAUGAAAAGAAGACUAAAGAAAAGUGUUAAACAGUUUUGUUAAGUCUGAGAAUAGAAGCCUUUUAAAUGACCAGAUUUGAAGUUCAUAAAUAAUGAAGUUCAUAUAAGCAGGUCCUAUUAAAUGUGAGAGUUUUCUGCAGUAAUUCUGCCAUUUUUAGCCAUGCAGGACUCCAAAUGUUUGCACUGAUGGCAAGUUUUUUAUGUAUAAUAGAGGAAACCAGAAAAAGAAAUCCUUGCAUCUAAGAGCAUCCUCUCAUUAGGUUCUGCUUAGAGGUGCCUUUAAGAGGAGCUGCUAGAUCUUUAGGAAAUUAUCCAUUGCCUGCCUGAAAAAUCCGGAAAGAAAAGGAGGGAGAACACUAGACAGAUACUCUUUGCAGCUUUGCCUUUAGCAUUUACCUUAUGUUAGUCAUUUUUUUGCAUUUUGUUGGAAUUUUGAUGCUAUAGUUUGCCUCAAAAUUAACAUGCCGUAAGCCCUUGAGGUGAAUUUCUUUUCCUUAAGCAUGAGUCCUAUUAAAAGUCGAUGGGACUUCUCAAAGCAUUUAUAUCCGUCAAAAUUUUCAACCUAUAAACUUCAAAUUUAGCCUUACGUAGUAAAAGGAACCACUUGAGCUCCUGUAACUAUCCUUAUCCUAGACUGCAGCAAAGGAAAAUUGAUGCAUUUCUUCCAAUGGCAAAACUCCAGCACAGGAAAAAAGCAGUCGUAUUGCUGACAGAGUUGAGAACAGCACGGGGUCUUGUAGUGUUUUCUUUCUCGGGCCAGUCUUGUAAAGAAGCUAAAAAAAUAGGCAUAGACAGAAUAGCAAGUCUGUUAUUUCCAAUAAAAGUCUAGAUAGUCUGUUGGCUUUGUAAAGCAACUACUUACAGUGUCAUAUGUUUUUGCCUUUUCCUAAAGCAUAUAUUGUAGCCUAAACAAAAGUAGGUAACAAAGGCUAGUAAAACUGGCUAGAAAAGAGCUCAAAUACAGAGCUGUCACAAGAGAGUGGCUGCCUGUUUGAAAGGCUGAGGUGGCGGCCUGGAAAAUAACCGUGAUGCCUCAAUGCACCCCCAUUGCCAUAUAGGAGCUACGGAAGAACCAUGGCCACCAUGUUUUAAAGGGUUUAGCAGCGACACUGAAAUUCAACCAGCUGUAUGUCGAUGCCUGCAACACGAGUGUGCAGAACUGGAUUAAAAACUACCUCACUGGGAAGCUUUUGCUAACCAAAAUACAGGAGGCAUCCAGCAGUUGCAUAAAGGAGCUCAAGGACCUUGCUGUUUCAAGCGCUGGUAAGGGCACGUUUCAGAACGGCAGAGGGCAGCUCGACCUUGUUUGCUGGGUGUUUGUACCCACGUAGCUUCAAGCGGCUUUCUAAUGCCUGUGCUGAUAGUUGUAUCAAAGCCAUAAGUAGAUUUAAUUAUGCAAUUUGUUGUUCUGGGUUUCUUAAACCCGAGGCUUAUUUCUGUACUAUACUCUUGUUUAUUUCUUACAGUAUCUACUUGAGUUAUAAAUAAAAAAGAAAACUUUUCUUAUUUCUGCCUUUGGAGUUUAUAUCAAGUUACACAUAACAGACUGUUGGCUAUAUAAAUAACAAUGUAUAACCCUG